CAAAUUGUGACUCUUGACGAUGAUUAACAUAUCAAUAUUUAAUAAACAAAAUUAAUUAUAACAGUGAUUUGUCUGAAUAGUGUGUGUUUUUUUUCGGUUAUAUGCGCUUAUGACUUAUAAAUUUGGAGUUAAGUGUUUGCGAUAACAAUGAACUUGAUUGCUGAAGGAAAUUGAAAACAAACAAAAAAUAUAACAACCGUUUUUUUGGGUAAACAUACCUAUAUAGGAAACUAAAACGAGAUGAAGGGGUCACACGGUGAAUAUAUUUAACCCGGAUCUAUUGGCUAAUGAAGGAAAGAUGAUUUUGCUUCACAAGCAUCGGUGUCGCACUAAUAUUUAUUUCGUUCUAAAUAUGGUUUUGAGUUUAUUACAUGACACUUCGGCUAAUUGGUGGAGACUAGGAAGAAGCGAAAUGUUUCAGAAUUCAAUAUCCUCAUGGAAUUUUAUAGAAAAUUGCAAUUCUUUGAAAUUUCUGAACGAAAAACAGCAAGAUAUUUGUCUCUGGAAUAAUAAGAUGCUUAGUAUAAUAAGCCUGGGUGCUCAGCUGGGAAUAGAAGAAUGCCAACACCAGUUUAGAAAUAACCGAUGGAAUUGCUCUUUAGCGGAAGAGGACCAUUCGAUAGAUUAUUUGUCUAAGGAACGAAGUAAUAUAUUUGGCCACGUCUUAGACAUCAAUAGUCGCGAAUCAGCAUAUGUCCACGCAAUCACAUCAGCAUCGAUAGCGUACGCCGUAACCAGAGCCUGCUCCAAGGGAGAGCUGAACGAAUGCGCCUGCGACCGAAAAAUCAGGAACAAAGCUCGAAAAUGGCAAUGGGGAGGCUGCAGCGAUGAUAUAAACUUUGGAGAAAGGUUCAGUAGAGACUUCGUUGAUUCCAUAGAAGAUACAAGUACAGUGAGUGGACUUAUGAAUCUACACAACAAUGAAGCUGGUAGAAGGGCUGUCCGUUCACGAAUGUCGCGCGCCUGCAAAUGCCAUGGUGUAUCCGGAUCCUGUUCCGUCAGAGUAUGCUGGCGACGUUUGCCUCCACUGAGAGAAGUUGGGUCGAAUUUGGGCCUGCGAUAUGAUGGAGCCAGUCAUGUUAAAUUGGCCAUUGGUAACGGUAGAAAACGGAAAAGAAAAUUGAAACCCAUAAAAUUGGACAUGAAGAAACCGUCUAAAACUGAUCUGGUAUAUCUAGAAGAUUCGCCUGAUUAUUGCGAGCGAAACGAGAGUUUAUCUGUUCUUGGAACUCAUGGUCGAACUUGUGACCAGGCUUCUCAAGGACUAGAUGGAUGCAGGCUACUGUGUUGCGGACGUGGUUAUCAAACCAGGCUCCGGUUGGUAACUGAAAAAUGCCAAUGCCAGUUUGUCUGGUGCUGUGAUGUCAUCUGUCAGCAAUGUUCAAAAACAGUAGAAGAACAUGUUUGCAAUUAAACAGUCAAUUUUAAAGGGUCUAUUAUCAGUACACUUUUCAUAUUAUUUAAUGAGCUUCAAGAACUUAUAUCUUUAUUAGAAUCACAAUCCGAUUUUAAUUGGUGUACUCUAUUUGAAGUUCAAAAAUUAUACCAUGAAUAGUUUAUACUAUAAUCUCGAUUAUUAUUAAAGCAUGCACUUUCAA